CCGGACAGAACGUCCCUUCUGCAUGCCGUACGGAGCAUUCCGAGGAACGCUACGCCCGUCGGAUUUGAUGUCGCUUGGGCAUCUCGGACGGCCUCGGCAGUCUGCGUGGGUCAUCCCUACACUGUUCGCAUGUGUAUGAGUCUUGAUUAUCAGGGCUGCUAUUCCGCGCCGGAACGACUGCUGUCACUUUGUGCAGCCAUGCAAUGGAAUGCAUCCUGUUUGCAUGCGCCCGCUGACGAAGAAGACAUCUUUGAUACGUCUGUAACAGUGUUAAAUCGAAGCGCGAACCCGCCGACCACUCACGCCGACUCCACAGAGGCACUCCUAUGGCUGAACGAGAAUGCCAUUGGAUGCAACUUUAAACCUCGGUGUGCCCGGUCUGGAGUAUCCGCAACGGCUCUGCUCGUCUCGCAGGCCACUCACGGUGGCGACCAUACGAUCGAGACCAACUGCAGAUGUGCUCAGCAGCUCGACACUCGAGUUUUCAAAGGCCCUGAGCAUUCGCAAGAUCCUCGCGGGGCCAGGGAUCUGGGACGGUCCUAACCUUGAAGGGCAAGCUUCGUUUACGGUCGUGCAGGCACCGCGGUUAGGUACACCAGCAGCGGCAGCGCGAUUCGCGUUUACGAGCAUCGUUCGGGCCUCCACAUAUGCGGUACGUCUCCGUAUUUGAUCUCGACCGCUCGGACUUGGUGUAAUCAUUGUUGCGGCACAUUAGACCUCUUUCGAUCAUUUAGUACGAUGUUUGUGGCUUCCAUAUACUACUAUGUAAUGCAAUAUUGAGGCG